GCCUGGCCGUCACCUGGUGCCGGCAGAAGCUUCAUGCGGAGCUGAAGAUCGGCUCCUUCGGCUUCUUCUGGGCCCAGAACAUCAGCCUCAAGUUCCAGCGGGAGCAGCAGACUGUGGAGAUCGACAACGUCUGGAUCUCCAGUAAACUGAGCCGGGAGCUGCCGCGCUACUUUGAGCUGUGUUUUGGCGAGGUGCGAAUCCGCACGGAUCUCCAGAAGGGCCCUGGGUUCCAGCUGUCUGUCCCACAGGCUCCCAGAGAACCCGAUGGAAAUGAAAGCAGAGCAGACCUGACUCUUAAACCCUCCCUGCUGAGGCUCCUUAGCCAGCUCUUUUCCAUCCACAUGGACUCCAUCAACAUCAUGGUUCUGCAUGUGGCCACCUCAGAGUCUCUCUGGCACGUCCAGGCCAGCAAGACGCGUCUCCUCCUGAAUGGCGAUGGGAAGAGCCUGACCUGCGAGGUGAGCCUGACAAAGCUGAACAGCAAAGUCCUCCGGAGCAGCCAGCUGGAUGACACCUGCCUGGCGGAGCUGGCCCUGGCGCUCUCCCUCUCGCUGGAGAUCAGCAGCAAGCGGCGGCUGGUGGGUGUCAGGCUGCGCGUCCGGACCCUGCAGGCAGAGCUGCACGAAGGGCUCUUCUGCAGCCCGCUGCUGCACCGCAUCACUGCCGGGGCCCAGCGCAGCAGCGCGAGGGAACAGCCCAGCGCAGGCCCGGGGGAGCCCCUGAAGUCCGUGUCUCUGCUGAGCAGGGACACGCUGCAGCUCAUCCCCAGGAGGGUGGAGGUGAAGUUGGAGAACACCAGCAUGGUGCUGUCUAUGAACAGCCAGAAGAGGCACCUCACCUGGAGCCUGAAGCUGCUGCAGUUUUUAUAUCAGCGUGAAGAGGAACAGAUCCCGCUGCGCAACUUCACACCCACCUCGGAUCUGGACCAAAUGAGUGUAGACCUCCAGCUGGAGGACGGCCUUCUCCUGUCCCAGAGCCGCCAGCGCAUCGUGUGCCUCAACUCCCUGAAGACCAGCUUGCAGGUCACAGCCAUUGACCUCUCGGCUGCUGUACUGCUCAACACCUGCAUCAUCCACUACCGCCACCAAGAGUUUUCGCACUGGCUGGGCCUGUUGGCACAGGAAUACAGAUCCUGGGCGGUGCCUGUCCCCAGCCAAGGACACAAGGGAAGGAGCUAUCCCCAAAUCAUAGCACCCAUCAUCCUGUGUGCCUCGCUGUCCAACGUCAAUGUGUCAGUGCAGCUGGGGGACACGCCACCCUUCGCCUUGGGCUUCAACUCCAUCUCUGCAGACUACCAGCACCUGCGGCCGCAGAGCGUGCACCAGCGAGCAGUGCUGGCCGUGGACCACCUCUGCUGGCGCGUGGGCAACGACUCGCACAUCCAGCGUGCCCCUCAUCCCCCCAACAUGCACGUGUGGGGGGAAGCCCUCAUCCUCGACUCCUUCAACCUGCAGGGCAGCUACAACCAGCCCCUGGGCAUGUCUAGCGCGCAGUCGGACACGCUCUUCCUGGACUGCACCAUCCGGGGGUUGCAAGUGGAGUCGUCGGACACCUGCACCGAGUGCCUGGCCAGGGUCCUGCCCCUGUUCUGCCCGCAGCCCAGCAGAGCUGAGCUUGCCAAGCAGCCGCCCUCUGCCUCAACUGAGCCCUGGGGGCUGCUCUGGAAGGUGGAUCUGAAGGUGGAGGAUGUGAACCUUUUCACACUCUCAGCCCUGGUGGGUGCCCUGGAGCUGCGGCUGGACACGCUGACCGUCCUGGGGAGUGCCGAGAGCUGCACGGUCAGCGUCCAGGGCAUGGUGCUAGCCUUGGUGAAGAGCAUCACGGAGAAGAUGCAGCCGUGCUGCAAAGCUCCUGCCAUCCCCAACCCGGUGGCCAACCUCUCCAUGUUCUCUGUCACCUACCACAGCAGCAUCCGCUCCCUGGAGGUGCAGUGCGGCGAGGGGCUGGCGGUGCUGUGGAGCCCACCCGACCACAUGCACUUGUACCAUCACACCCUGGCCACCCUGCAGUGCCACGAAGCCUUGCGGAGCGCCCUCAGCCACAGGACGCCUCCCUCCCUGCCCCCGGAGAGCCCAGCGUCCCACCCGGCCACCCCUACUGAGACACCGGGGCCCCUCCAGCCGGAUGGGACCCCCCCCAAAAGACUCUUGUCCCUGUCACUGGAGCUGAGCUCUGCCAAGCUCACAGCUUUUGUCUCCGAGGCCAACUACAUCAGCCUGGCUGCCGAACGGACCUCCGUCAGCUGGCACGGCGGUGCCCUGCACGGCUACUGCCCUGAGCUGGCCGCCGGCUUCGAUGGACACAGCAUCUUCAGCUUCAAGGAGGUGGAGGUGAAGCUGCUGCCAGAGCUGGAGGAGGUCAUCUUGCACCGCUGCGCCUUCCCCACCCUGCGCACCCUCCGCAACCGCGGCUGGGCCUUCUCCUUUGCCAGCGUGACCAUCGAGUUCCCCUACCAGUACGACUUCUCCCGCACGCUGGAUGCUGCCGUGGGCGUGCAGAAGUGGCUGAAAGGCCUGCAUCAGUGCGGGCACCCUGCCAGCCCCGUGCUGCCCCCCGACCUCCUGCUCAAAGUGACGCACUUCUCCUGGGUCUUCCUGGAUGACGUCUUCGAGGUCAAGUUACGAGACAACUACGAGCUGAUGAAGGAUGAGAGCAAGGAGAGCGCCAAGCGGUUGCAGCUGCUGGACGCCAAGGUGGCUGCGCUGCGCAAGCAGCAUGGCGAGCUGCUGCCUGCCCGCAAGAUCGAGGAGCUCUACGCCUCGCUGGAGAAGAAGAACAUCGAGAUCUACAUCCAGCGCUCGCGGCGCCUCUAUGCCAACACGCCCAUGCGGAGGGCUCUCCUCACCUGGACCCUGUCCCACCUGGAGCUGGUGGCCAUGGCCGACGAGUCCUUCCACGGCACAGAGCGUGUGUUGGAGCAGAUGAGGGACCUGGACAGCGUCAGCCCCUUCCCCCCCGAGGGUCUGGAGAUGGUCACCCAGUGGUGCCGCAUGAUGAAGGGCAGAGUUGGCAGCUUCUUUGUGCGGAUCCGUGACUACCCUCGCUACCUCUUUGAGAUCCGGAACUGGCAGCUCUCCGGCCGGCUGAUCGGAGCCGAGCAGUGCGGCCAGGCGUGCUCCCGCCGCCGCCAGAUCCUGAAGCUGGGGCUGCCCUGGGGGGAUGCGACAGUGGAGAGGAACAUGCCACCCUUGAAGUUCUACCACGACUUCCACUCUGAGAUCUCCCAGUACACCAUUGUGUGGGGGCCCUGCUGGGACCCGGCCUGGACCCUGAUCGGCCAGUGCGUGGAUCUCCUCACCAAGCCCUCAGAGGACCCCAGCGCCCCAUUGCCCUGGUGGGACAAGAGCCGCCUUCUCUUCCAUGGGGACUGGCACAUGGACAUUGAACAGGCCAACCUGCACCAGCUGGCCACCGAGGACCCCUACAACACCACGGAGAACAUGCACUGGGAGUGGAGCCACCUCUCCUUCCACUGGAAGCCUGGGCAGUUCGUCUUCAAGGGCAACCUGGAUGUCAACGUCCGGACAGCCUCCAAGUAUGACGACUGCUGCUUCCUGCACCUGCCCGACCUGUGCAUGACGCUCGACCUGCAGUGGCUGUGCCACGGGAACUCCCAUGACCACCAUGGCGUGGUGCUGCGCUCUCCCGAGUUCCUGCCCAAGGUGCCGGUGGGGCAGCAGUACGACUCCUACCGUGCCUUCCGCUCCGAGAACCUCAACCUCUCCAUCCGGAUGGACCUGACGCGGCCCAGUGAGGAGCACUCCCAGCCCCGGAUCCUGCUCUACAGCAGCACCCUCCGCUGGAUGCAGAACUUCUGGGCCACGUGGACCAGCGUGACGCGCCCCAUCUGCCGCGGGAAACUCUUCAACAACAUGAAACCCAGUAAGAAGAAGCUGGGGCAGCAUUACAAACAGUUGUCUUAUACUGCGCUCUUCCCCCGGCUGCAGGUGCAUUACUGGGCCUCCUUUGCCCAGCAGCGGGGAAUCCAAGUGGAGUGCUGCCAAGGGCACAUCUUCACUCGCGGCACCCAGCGGCUCAUCCCCCAAGCCGGCACGGUGAUGCGACGCCUCAUUUCGGAGUGGAGCAUCACGCAGAUGGUGAGCGACCUGAGCCAGGUCACCGUGCACCUCAUGGCCUCCACUUGCGACGAGAACGCCGACCACCGGCUCGACACCCUGGUGAAGAAAACCCAUCUGCUGAGCCUGUCCUCUCUCACUUACCAGCGGCACAGCAACCGCACGGCUGAGGAGAUGGAGUAUGAUUCAUCUUUAUGCAAACUCGUGGACCAGUACCACGGUAGCUCACACUAUCGAGGGACUGCGAGCGAUAUCCCCGAGCUGUGUCAAGCUGCUCUCACCCUGACUCCUUUCCUCGGCAGCACCACAUACGUUAUGAACCUUUUCAAGGCUUUGUGA